GUGAAAAAAAGUUCUAUGACUCUGCUUCAGAUUGUCGAAUUCGAUUCUGUUUUCGAAAGUUGCAGUAGUGUUAAUGGAGAGCACUGACUCGUCCUCCGGUCCACAGAGGCCUAACCUGCCGCCAGGGUUCAGAUUCCACCCUACAGACGAGGAGUUGGUGGUGCACUACCUCAAGAAGAAGACAACUUCAGCGCCGCUGCCGGUGGCGAUUAUUGCGGAGGUUGAUUUGUAUAAGUUUGAUCCAUGGGAGCUACCAGCUAAGGCGACGUUUGGCGAGCAGGAAUGGUACUUUUUCAGUCCGAGGGAGAGGAAGUACCCGAAUGGGGCAAGGCCAAAUCGAGCGGCGACUUCGGGGUACUGGAAGGCGACGGGGACGGAUAAGCCGAUAUUGACCUCUGGCGGAACUCAGAAGGUCGGCGUGAAGAAGGCGCUGGUGUUCUACGGAGGGAAGCCUCCGAAGGGGAUCAAGACCAAUUGGAUUAUGCAUGAGUAUAGACUUACUGAGAAUAAGGCUAAUAACAAGCCUCCUGGGUGUGACUUGGGUAACAAGAAAAACUCUUUGAGGCUUGAUGAUUGGGUGUUAUGUCGAAUCUACAAGAAAAACAACACGAAUAGGUCAAUGGAUCAUGAGAGAGAUGAUUCCAUGGAUGAGAUGGUUGGACCAACACUGCCUUCAAUAUCAAUUGGUACCCAACAGAAUGCAAAAUUGGGUUUUCAAUCCAAGGGAACAGGCUAUGGUACAUUGCUUGAAAGUGAACCCAAUCUGUUUGAAGGAAUGCUGAACAAUGAUGGUAUUACAAAUGGUUCUGUGUCUCAUCACCUGGCCUCUUCAAGCUCAAAGCCAGACGACCUGCCAAUGGCCCAAUCUCUAAAAAGGACACUCCCUUCACUCUAUUGGACGAAUGGGGAUUCUGCCAGAGUUUCCACAAGCAAGAGGUUUCAUGGAGAUAGCAACGAUGGAAGAAUUGAAAGAACAGAAGGGAAUGGUUCUAUUGCCACUCUGUUUAGCCAGCUGCCUCAGACAUCUCCAUUUCAACAGCAAACACUGCUGGGGUCUUUGGGAGAUGGGAUUUUCCGGCCUCCUUAUCAACUUCCAGGAUUGAACUGGUACUCUUAAUCCAAUUCCAGGUGGUUGGUAUGAAAUAGAUAUCACCUAUGCCUCAAAAGAAAAAUCCAAAAAAAAAAAAAAAAAAAAAAAAAAAAAAGGGGUCCAAAAUUUCAAGUAGAUUGGAUAUUGAAAAGUAGCCAUUAAGGUUAUGUUAGAUAAUUGUUCAUACUGUUGGAGAUGAUUGUGAAGCAUUUAGAUUGGGAUAUUCAGCUUGAGAUUUUGGUUGUUAGCUAGAGGAGAUUAGAGACUUUCAUUUUCAUUAGCUGGAUGGCCUCAACCUUCUUCCAAACUGUAACAGGUAGCUGCUCCAAAUUUUCAUCAGGUGAGGUCAUGGUCCACAGAUAUUAUACAGACAACUUGUAUUUAGUUUUAUGUAUUCAGAGUAUAUUGGUAUUGUCUUAUGUAGGACUGUAGAAGAUGAUGCAGAAGAACAGAACUUUGACGACUUGCUCUUGCUGUAAAAAAAUGAAAAUAAAACUGAUGGAUGAUAUUAUUUUGCUUUAGGAGAUACAACAUUAGAUCCUUUGUAUAGAAAAAUCCUUGCCGUCGAACAUUUCAAGAAUAUAUAUUGAUUAUUGUGGUUUGCCUACUUCAUUUUUUAUUUA